AUGUCUUCUAUGGGUAGUGUUUUAAUGCAGACUUUUUUGUACUGUUAUUGUGGACAGAAAAUUAUUGAAAAGAGUACGGAAGUUAUGUUCGCUAUUCAAAAUAUGCAAUGGACUGUGCUAACAAAACGUGGAAGAAAGGAUCUUCUAAUUAUGAUGAUACGAGCAUCACGACCAAUAGAGUUGCAUGAUCACCAAAUCUACUUAUUCUGCGUUCAAUCUACUGAACAGUGCCUUUUAACCGUUACUCUAUAUCCUAAGUGUAGUUUAAAGAGUCUACCCACUUUAGACGUGCAAAAAAAGGCUAAUGGACAAAGUUAA